CUCUCUCUCCUUUCUUCUUUCUCAUCGCGAUUAAUUCUCUCGGGUCGAACUAGCAAAUUUUCAAUUUGUAAGAUGUCGUGGCUUCGAUCGGCAGUGUACAAAGCGGUGGAAGUCGGUGGCAACAACCACCUCAGCCGCGCAGUACGCAGCUAUGCUGACACCGUCGUCAAUCAAGCUGGCCAAGCCGUUGUUGGAGGCGCGAGGCUCUUUCAAGAUCGCAUUGGAGCUCGGAAUUUUCAAAGCUAUAGGCUUGCAGUAAAACGAUUAGAAGAAGUGUCUGUUUCAUGUAGGGGGACAGAAAGAGUUCAGUUACUGAGAAGAUGGUUAGUUGCCUUGAAAGAGAUAGACAGACUUAAUGAAGCUGUCAACUCUGAACAUCUUGACAAGUUUAGUGAAAUGGAGGAUUCUCCUUCAAGGCCAACUGUGGUUAUGUAUUAUGAUCCUGAUCUUGGUGGAGAACCAAUGAAUUUCCGUGAUGUGUUCCUUCAUAGUCAAGCUCUUGAGGGCAUUACGUUAUCUUUGAUUCUUGAAGAACCCAACCAAGAGGAACUUUCUUUGCUUCUGGAGAUAUUUCGGCUCUGUCUCAUGGGUGGAAAAGAAGCUCAUGAUGUUGCUGUGAGCAGCGUACAAGAGUUGGCGAAAGCCUUCUCAACAUACAAUGAGGAAGUACUGGCAAAACGGGAAGAACUCUUGCAAUAUGCACAAGAUGCUAUAGCUGGACUGAAAGUAAAUGCUGAGAUAGUAAGAAUAGAUUCUGAAGUCUCAAAUAUACAAAAGAAACUCAAGGACAUGAAAAACCUGGUGCCCCUUAAUGAAGUUGGCAAGAUAUCAUCUGAAAGUGCAUCAUGCAUAUCAAUAGAGAAUCUAAAGGAAGCACUUACACAUAUUAGACUUUGUUCCCGAUUGGAGGAGCUUCUACAUUUGAAGAAACUCAUAAAGAAUGGGGAUUCUCCAGCAGCCCAUAAUCACAAGGUUGAUAAACUAAAAAUAUUAUCAGAAUCUCUUGCAAGCUCUGCCUCAAAAGCGGAAAAGCGCAUGACAGACAAUAGGAUACAGAAAGAAGAAGCUCUUAAAUUUCGUGUAACCAAAGCCAGUGAAGUCAGCCUACUUGAAAAGGAAUUGACUAUUGAAAUCAAAGCUCUUGAACGGAGAAAAGAUGAGCUUGAAGAAGAGCUGAAAAAGGUUACCACUGCCUUGACUUCUUCACGUGCUCGCCUUCACAAUGCCAGGGAAGAAAGAGAUCAGUUUGAUGAAGCUAGUAAUCAGAUAAUUCAACACUUCAAGGUGAAGGAUGAUGAGCUGUCAAAAUCUAUCGCUUCAUAUAGAGCAGAAGGAACAGUUUGCAACACAUUUGUUCAUUUUCUUGAAAACACCUGGGUCUUCCAGUCAUCAUGUGCUAAACAAAAGGACAAGCGGGUCAACGAUGAGUUGGAGAGACAUCGGGAGUACGUCGUGACACUGGCUACAAGUCUUUUAGCUGCAUACAAGGAUGAGUUGGAGCCUGCUCUUUCUUCCAUUCGGAAGCUUGUGGAGAAUUUGAAAAGGUCGGAUGGGACAUCGGCCACAGAGGAAAAUGAUGAUGCAGUUAAUUCAAGGACAGCUCUUGAAGAACAGUACCAGGCUACAGCAAACAAGGUCGUAACCACAUUGGGCGUAGUUGAAAGCAUUAAGAACCAGUUUUCUACUCAACAAGUUGAGGACUCAAGGAAAAGUGAUGGAAAAGUCAAGGAAUUAUUAGACACACUUGAAAGUAUCAAAGCUGAAUUUGAAUCCAUUGAGAAACCAACUUUGGAAUCUGUGGCCCCAAUUAUGAGAGAAGGGACACCAUCAACGGCAAGGACCUCAGAACUCCCCCCUCUCUCUCCUAGAAAGCAUCAGAAUCCGACACUUGAACUUGAUCUUGCGUCAACCUCCAGAAAUGAGGGAUCAAGAGGAAUCUCAUUGGGUUUUAAUCCGAUAAUAACUCUGCCUUUGGUUCGAAGUAUGAGCACCAAAGUACCAGGGACAGCACAGUUGGAACCUCUAGAAGUCCUUGGACUUGAUGGCAAGAAGUCUUCAGAUGCAGAGGCACAAUUGUCCAAGUUAAAAAUGGAGUUGGAACUUGAGAACCAUAGCAGAGGCAAUUCCAUGGAGGGGAUUAUUGACUGGGAAUUUGAUGAGGUGAUUGACAAAGAACCAAGAAAGAGAGUAUAAAAAAUCAAGAAAUCUGCUCAUUUGAGGCCAAUGAGUUAAGAAGCUUCAGCAUUCCAUAAUCGCCUAUACUGUUUAUAAUUCCUACAUUCCAAAGGCCCUGUUUCUGUAUCCCUCGAAAAAGGGUGUAUGAAACUUUUACUAGAUUAUGAUAGUUCGAAGAUGAUUUCUUGGAUCACAAUGGUCCACUGUUGUCAACUACAAAUCUUACAAUUCAAACUCUUUGGACUGUGGUUGCCCUAGAGUUGUGUAAGAUAAAUUAGACAUGUGGAAGAGCCAAUCUUAUAGGAUAUUUGUAAUUGUUGCCUUUCGAGAGAGUUUUCUUGUUUCUUCUUCCUUGUUGUUUGACAAUCACCAAUUGUAAAGCGUGAAAUUAUUAUCAUAAAAUGAGUUUACCAUACCUAGAA